AUGGAGUUCCUCCUCAGCCUUCUCACCUCUCCACCCCUCCUCCUAGCCUCCGUCUUUGGCCUCGUCUUCCUCUAUAUCUUCGGAUCAACAGUAUACCGCCUGACCCUCCACCCCCUCGCCCGCUAUCCCGGCCCAAAACUCGCUGCCAUAACCGACAUCUACCUAACCUACUACGCCUACCGUGGCUCCCGACAUCUCGCCUUCCAGCGCGCCCACGAACAAUAUGGGCCCUAUGUGCGUCUCGGACCCAACACGCUCUCAUGCAACACCUCCACGGCCCUCAAAACCAUCUACGGGUUCCGCGCCAAUGUGCGAAAAGCAGACUUCUACACCGCAUUCCCAGCGAACAAAAAUACCGUCAAUGUCCACAGCAGCAUCGAUAAGAUGCAGCAUGCGCGGAAGAGGAGAGUGAUGAGCCAUGCCUUUAGCGAUCAAGCAAUCAAGAGUCUGGAAAAGUAUAUUUUGGCGAAUGUAAGGACUGCCUGCCGGUUGUUGGGGGAGAAGAAGGGCGGAGAGAAGGGGUGGAACGACCCGUGGAAUGCGGCGGACUGGUGUAAUUGGUUGGUGUUCGACAUCAUGGGUGAUUUGGUGUUUGGUAAGACGUUCGGGAUGUUGGAAAGUCCCGUAAACCGGUUUGCCGUGGAUUUGGUCGGGAAUGCGGCGCAUAGGCAUUUGAUCUGUGGAACGCAUUUGACGAUACACAAUUGGCACUUGGAUAAGAUCCUUUUCCGGAAAAUUGCAGCUCAGCGAGGGCAGUACAUGCAAUACAGCAAGGCCCAGGCAAUGGAAAGAACGAAAAUGGGGCUCGAUGUAGACCGCAGAGAUUUCUUCUACCAUCUGUUGAACGCGAAGGAUUCCGAGACCGGUAACGGAUUCAGCAUGGACGAGCUGUGGGGCGAGUCGAAUCUAUUGAUCAUUGCUGGCUCGGACACGACAUCUACCGCCAUGGCUGCCACGUUCUUCUACCUGGCCCACAACCUGAUGACGCUCCAGAAAUUGUGCCAGGAAGUACGUAAUACAUUCUCUGAUGUUGAGGAGAUUGUUUCAGGGCCGAAGCUCAGUAGGUGCGCAUAUCUGCGUGCAUGCAUCGACGAGUCCAUGCGCAUGACACCUCCAGUUGCUGGUGCUCUUCCACGGCAAGUCCUUUCAGGUGGCAUCGAUAUCGACGGUCACCAUAUUCCCGCUGGAGUCGAUGUGGGCGUUCCGCAUUACGCGGUUCACCAUAAUGCCGACUACUUCCCUCGUCCUUUCGAUUACGUGCCCGAGCGAUGGCUUUCAGAUCCGGCCGCGAACCCAUUGCAUAAUAAACUUUCAGACGCCCAUGCUGCGUUCUGUCCUUUCAGCAUAGGCCCAAGAGGGUGCAUUGGCAAGGGGUUGGCGUAUGUAGAGUUGAGUAUUACCAUUGCACGAGUACUGUUCAUGUAUGAUCUGAAGUUGGCACCUGGCUCGACGUUGGGCGCAGGGCGCAAGGAUUUGGAAGACGGAAGGACGCGGGCGACGGAGUACCAAAUCGAGGACCGGUUUGCCAGCACGAAGGAUGGGCCCUUGUUGCAGUUCCGACCAAGGAACUCGUGA